AUGGAGGCCGAGGGAUCCGAUCGCGACGCGCCAAGCGCUCUGGUUCGACGUGCGUGUAACCAGUGUCGUCUUCGCAAGAUCCGAUGUGAUAAGCGUUCGCCAUGCGCAAACUGUCGCAGCUCAGGCAUCCUCUGUCGAUCUACCGGCGAGGGCCAAAAGCCGCAGGAGCCCCGUCGGCGGGUCUUAAUCUCAAGCCAGUACGAGAAAAAGAUUGAUCUGAUUGACGAGCGUUUGGGGGGUAUUGAGGAGACUCUUCGCGAAUUGCUGAAAGCAUCGUCGCAACAGCAUGCUCCGCGAGCACCGAGGUCGCGAGAGCUCUACUUGUCUCCCUCGUCCCAACCAACCUCGCAGCCCCGUUCAUCACCAGGGGGACAGAAUCAUUUCAAACCCAAGGGUCCCGGAUACAAAACCAAUCCCGCGAUUGAGCAACAUGACUCCAGCUCGGGGUUCGAAGGUGGCUCCUCCCUUGCUGCUCAUUCGACCUAUGCAAGCCAGUUCCUGGAGUCUGCCGUCUCCCAGGGUGGCCACCAGGUCUUGUCCAGUCCGAAAAUUAAUGCUGCACUCUCGUCGCUGAAACAGAUUGUUGGAUUACAAUCUCAGCGACGUGGAAUGGACGCCCAGGGACCACAGCUCUCUAGUCCUAAGAACAGGCCUGGUCCGAGGUGUGAUCUCCGGGACUUGGAGAUGCCACCUCUACCCGUUGUGUUGGAGGUGUUGAGGAAGGUUAAAGAAAAUCCCCCGGCUAGUUUUGGUGGCUACAUUCCCUUCUUCCCGGUAGAGUAUUUCAUUGAGAAAUGCCGGGAGAUCUACUUCUGCACAGAUGACCACUACUCGGAUGCGACAUUUAUUGUUGUCAACCUGGGCCUCUAUAACACUUUUUUCGAGUUUGGGAUUUCGGAGAAGGAUGCUGCCACGCGGGAAGAAUGCCAACACUAUAACAUGCUGUGCCGAGAGAAUGUGGAGGCGGCACUGGCCAAUUUGAAUUUACUGAUGCCAGCCACGCAUGAUUCGAUCAUUGCGCUAACAAUGGGAGCUAUGCACGCUAUCGAGAUCUCCAAACCAUCGGUCGGUUGGACACUGGCAUCAACCGCUGUGCACAUGUGUCAAACACUUGGAUACCACCGUCUGGCAUCUAUGGAGCACGAUGGCCUGCGAGUCCAGCGACAGAAGCAACAGCUCUUCUGGGCGGUUUAUGUCAUCAUGAAUAACAUAUCGCUGCGCCUGGGUCGUGCUUCGGCGGUUCAAAUUCACGACAUCUGCCUCCCGUCACCGAUUGAUAGUUUCGACAACCCUGAGCCAUGGGCCACGGUCUGCGCUUUAUGGACGCAGCAAGCCAAGAUCCAGAGCAAAACAUACGAGCUGCUGUACAGCCCAUCUGCAUUAAAACAACCCGAAAGCGAGCGAGUGUUGCAUGCUCGGCGAUUAGCUGUUGAGAUGCAGUCGAGCGUGAUAGAGCCCCACGAGAGAAUCCUCUUCUCUGAUUACGAGAUCCCGGAAUUCGAUCGCAUGUACCUCCGCUCGGACAAGGUCAGCCGGCUAGCCAUCUUGACCCUGAUCUACCGGGCCAUUCCUGGUGCCAAGGGUUCGGGCUCCUCUGCCACAUUUAUCCCCGAGUGCAUUGACACAGCCCGUGCCGCCCUCGAGUGCCAUCAGGAUUGUAUAAAUUCUCUUCAAGAGACAGACGACUCUGUCAAAUGCUCAUACAUGCACUGGGCAAUAUUUCUCUCCCCCUUCGUCCCCUUCAUCGUCAUCUUCUGCCAAGUCAUCACAGCCCCCCAACGAGAAGACCUCGCCCUCCUCGAAGACUUCAUCGCCUCUCUCCGCCCGCUCUGCGCGUUCUCGCAAUCCAUCGACCGACUCCACAAUCUCUGCUCAGUCCUCGGCACCGUCGCCCGUUUAUAUUUCGAAGCCAGCAAUCUGACCCAGACGGACGAGGACCACGAUACCCUAGCAUCCGUCGGCCAGGAGUUCGACGUCUAUCUAAGCGCAUUGGGUCUGGCACCUAAUAACGCCACGGCGGAUACGCCCAACUAUUUUCAAACCGAUGUGCCGGCCAUGACUGUCGGCGCACUAGAAUCCCCCCGACAUCCGGCUGGGAUUCCACUCCCGCCAGAUCCGCAGUUGGCCAGUUGGUUUUGGGGCAAUCGGUACAUGAUGGGAUUGUUGGAGGAGGACUUUUCUCGAUUUAAUCCGGAUGGGUGGUCAUGGGGGAAGGAAGGUUCGUAA